AAUACACUGUCAUCCCACCUGCCCAUAAAAGACAAACCAAACAUGAAAUCUCUCUCUCUCUCCUUCUUUCUCUUUCUUUCUGUAAUGUUCUUGGCCAUUAAAUUCAUCAUCAUCAUCAGAAGAAGAAGGAGCUAGUUGAAAGGUGAGGUGGGUAAACAGAGAAAUUAAAAAAGAAAAAAAACCACUAGGGUUUUGCAAUUCACACAUUGUCAAAAUGUUUGAUGAAAUGCCGCAAGAACAUUUCCAUCAAUUCAUAGCAUCUUCUAGACCUCAGCCGUCUCCUCCUCCGCCGCCGCCGUCGACGACCACGCAACUGCCACCCUCUAUCUUCUCUUCAACAACGGCCAACUUCCCACUCUUUGAUCAUCAUCCAAACUACCCUUCUCAUCUCCAUUUACAAUCUCAAUUUCUAUUACACCAAUUGCAUCACAAGAAUGAUCAAGAUCAUCAAAGCCAAAGCCAAAGCCAGAUGAUUUCAUCCGGUUUGGAAAUCGAGAGAGAUGAUCGGUGGACUAAUGAUGAAGUUCUUGAGCUACUUAGAAUUAGAUCCAACAUGGAGAAUUGGUUCCCUGAUUUCACAUGGAACCAUGUUUCAAGCAGGAAGCUAGCAGAGAUUGGAUUCAAGAGAAGUCCGGAAAAGUGCAAGGAGAAAUUUGAAGAAGAAAGCCAACAUUUGAGUAACAAUGUCACUUACACAAAAAAAUAUAGAUUCUUUAGUGAACUUGAAGAGAUCUGUCAUGUUGAUCAAAACCCUCCUUUUGAAGAAGAAGAGGAUCCAUCAGAAGAAAAUGCUCAACAAGAACAAGACAGAAGAAACCAAACAAAAGGCGAAAAGAGGAAGAGAUCAUCUAAGAAGAAGAAAUUCAAAAAGAUAAAACAAUUCUUCGAAGAAAUUGUUAACAAAAUGUUGGUCCAACAAGAAGAACUCAACAACAAGCUUAUACAAGACAUGUUAAAAAGAGAUGAAGAAAAUAUCGCAAAAGAAGAAGCUUGGAAGAAACAAGAGACCGAAAGAAUCAACAAAGAGAUCGAAUCAAGAGCCAAAGAACACGCCAUUGCCAAAGAAAGACAAGCGAAAAUUAUCGAAUUCUUAAACAAAUUCACGUCAAACUCACAAAACCCUAAUCACCACAACAAACUCGAAGCCGCCUCGUCAUCUUCUACCGGUCCAAACACCGAAAAGGACAUCGACACAAGCAAGAGAUGGCCAAGAGAAGAAGUUCUUGCUUUGAUAAACCUAAGAAGUAACCAUUAUAGAGAUGAGAAACAAGGAUUAGCAAGAGGUCCAUUAUGGGAGAGAAUCUCAAAAGGAAUGUUGGAUUUGGGUUACAAUAGAAGUGCAAAAAGAUGCAAAGAGAAAUGGGAGAACAUAAACAAAUAUUAUAGGAAAACAAAGGAUGCUAACAAGAAGAGGUCAGUUGAUUCUAGGACUUGUCCUUAUUUUCAUCAACUUAGCACCUUAUACAACCAAACCUCCUCCCUAGGCCAACCACCAUCGGAAAACCAUUCUUUAACGGAAACCAACAAUGGAAAUGGCAUUAAUGAUGAUUAUUAUGAUGAUCAUAAUGAUGAUGAAGAAGAUCAUAUUGGAUUGUAGGGUUUAUUUAUUAUCUUAAUUAGGUCAAGAUUCUUAAGUGGGAUUGUAAGAGUUUAUUUGUAUGUUCAUGAGUGUGAUUUUGAUGGAGAUGUAUGUAACUGUUUUUUUAAGGCUGCCUUUUCAGUAGUAUAUCUGGUAAUAGUACCUUAUUUAUUUUUUAUUUAUUU